AUGGGGAGUAUGUCCUUUAUGGGAGUGUCUUUAGCUUUGUAGUUGGACCUCUCUUUUCUCUUCCUUAUGGUGGCAUCUUCAUCGAUUAAUCUCCCAAAAUUAGAGCUGAUUUUCUCAACUAACCUACACCAAAUUUUCCUUUCCUCUGAUUCCUCGCCCUCUUUCCAGUGUAUACUUUUCUCAGGCAAUUGGCAAGCCAUCUGGGUUCGACGGGCUAGGGUUUCGGAUCUUGUGCUCCGAAGCGCUAGGCGGCCCUGUUCUGGCUCGCUCGCAAUGUCGUCGGCGGCGAGAUCCUUUCUUCUAGCCAUCAUCCUGUUAUUCGCCCUCUCAAUUCACCUCUCGAACGCAAAAUCGGAGGCAACAGUCAACGAUCCUUGCCCCGGAAUAUCUGAUGGAUCCCGAUAUUGUCCCAUCAAUUGCUUUCGACCGGAUCCCGUUUGCGGUGAGAACGGCGUGACUUACUGGUGCGGAUGCUCUGAGGCCGCGUGCGCGGGCGUGCGCGUGGCGAAGAGCGGGUACUGUGAGAUUGGAAACAGCGGGAACGGCCUCGUCUCGGGGCAGGCAUUCUUACUCAUCCACAUUGUGUGGCUCAUCAUACUCGGCUUCUCUGUUCUCUGCGGCCUUCUCUGAGCUUGAUUCCCUCGUUUUCCUGUCGGUACAGUUGUAAUUCGUAGAUCUAAUUUUAAUUAUUUUUUGUCAAUGUAUCAUUCAUGAGGUUAAUGGAUUGUGAUUGUUGAUACCAAAUUAGCUUUUGGUGGUAUAUUUCUCUGGCUUUGACUAGAAAAUUUGAGGAACUUCUGAAGGAUAAAAGUGAUUUAA